AUGCUUUUCCCGGUUUUUCUAUUUGACUGGCAAAUCACCUUCCUUGAAUUUCAAAAAUGAACGUUUACAGAUUAAUUGUGUGCUUAUCAAGGAUUUUGAUAAUUACUGCUUUUGAGGAUUUGUCAUACAAAAAAGUUGCAACUCAAACUCCAAUAUAUCCUGGGAACUCUUAUAACGCAAGUAAUGCACUAGACAGACAAAUAGGAACGUGUAUGAGGACAGAAGAAAUAGGACUUAAUUCUGCAUACCACAACAUGUGGUGGAAAGUGGAUCUUGGCGGAAUAUACAACAUUUAUAGUAUCAACAUUCUUUUCAAAGAUUAUACAGGCUAUGAAACCCGACAGAGGGGACGAUUUGCGGGGUUUUCCUUGUAUAUAUCAAACACCAGUGGUAUAGAGGGUUCUACUUUGAGGUGUUACAAGGACGGACCUCAGUUGCCGCCCCUGAACUUUACAGCAGUGUGUACGGUUUCUGGACGUUAUGUGAUAUUUUUCAACGAAAGACUGGAUGAAACUCCUUACCCAAAAGGAUAUCAGCUACAAAAUGUAUUUACCGAACUGUGUGAAGUUAUUAUCGAAGGCUGUACAAACCAUAGCGUCUAUGGUAAUGGAUGUGAUACUAAAUGUCCAAUCAACUGUCAAGAUAGCCUUUGUCACAUACAAACCGGAACUUGUUUUGCAUGCAAACCAGGAUGGAAAGGGGACACUUGUGAAAAAAAGUGCGGGAUUGGUUUGUACGGUGAAAAAUGUACGCAGCAAUGUUCCGGAAAUUGUAAAGAUAAUGAAACCUGUAAUCACGUGACUGGUCAAUGUGACAAUGGCUGUACUACUGGAUGGAAAGGAGAUAUGUGUGACAAUGAGUGUGAUAACGGAACCUUCGGAUAUGAUUGCACAAACAAUUGCAGUACUAAUUGUUUGAAGGAGUUACCGUGUAACAAAAAGACUGGCUAUUGUGAUAACGGAUGUAACCCGGGGUAUACCGACAUUGACUGUAAUACACGGUGUCCGUUUGGACAUUUUGGACGUGCCUGUAAAGAAAACUGUAAUGAACAUUGCUUACAAGAAAACAGUACACUUUGCAAUCAUGUGGGCGGUGAAUGUUUAAAUGGAUGCAAACAAGGCUACAUUGGAACACACUGUAACAACUCUUGUGAAGAAGGAUACUAUGGUAGAAGCUGUUCUUUUGACUGCUCUCCAAAUUGUGACACAUGUAGACACACCGAUGGCUUCUGUACUUGUAAGGCGGGAUGGUUGGGCUAUAAUUGUACAACAGAGUGUCCACCAGGACAUUUUGGAUUGGACUGCAAGGAUAACUGUAGCGGACACUGUAUAAACAAUGAACCAUGUGAUCAUGUCAGUGGAGUGUGUCCAAGUGGUUGCCAGGAUGGGUACACUGAAGCACGCUGUAAUAAUACUUGUGAAGAAGGGUAUUACGGCGGAAAAUGUUCCAAAGUUUGUUUCCCUAACUGUAAGACAUGUCGAAACACAGAUGGGUUGUGUUCUUGUGUUGCUGGUUGGAUGGGCUCCAACUGUACCAUAGAAUGUGACCAAUCCUAUGGGGAGAACUGUCGGUAUGCAUGCAGUGAACAUUGUGUAAACCAAACAUGUGACAGGUUUAAUGGAAGUUGUUUGUUGGGUCGAACGGACGAACACAACUGCAAUAAAUAUAGUGAAAAAAUACGUCUUAUGACAGAAGUAUUAGUUGGAUCUUCAAAGCAGUUAACACUGUGGAUCAUUGGAUUCUCGGUGGCACUUGGAGUCAGUGUUGUUUUUAUCAUAACCACCUGUAUAUUAACGAUACUGCGGAAAAAGUCCAUAAAGACGAAAACUAGAACUGAUGACAAGCAGCCCUGCCUGACGUCAACAACAACCACUGAACAUACGGGUACAUCCAAUAUGGCGUCUAACUACCAGGAACUUGUUACAGAUGGAGAAAGAAACACUUAUGAGUCGAUACUGCUAAAGUAGUUACAAACCAGAUACCGUGCGAUGAUCAAUACACUUAAGUGACUAGCAUGUGUUAUCAAUAAUGAUACAUAGUAAACCAGGGGCUGUUUUAGCAUAGUUUGUUUACCCUUUGUAUAUGUUCUCACUGUUGUUCAUGAAAAUUAUUACUAACAAUGAUAUUUACUUGAUAUGUCAUCCAAUGGUAUUGAAAUUGAAAAUAUUUUUCCGUUUAUUUGCAUUUUGUUCAUUUGUUAACAGAUCGAGAAAAUAAGCCCGCCUUCAAAUUACUUGGUCAGUGUUCCCCUAACAAUCACAAAAAAAUACACUUACAUUUAUUGUAUUACAAAGUUAUCUUACCGUGUUAGAUGUAAAAUAUUACUGACUUGUAGUACAUCAUGUAAACCGGUUGAGUUUGGUCAUGAUUCAGAUGUACAUGUACGUCUGAAAUAUUUUGUGUAGUACAUAGUUAAAUGGUCCUAGGCGUUAGGCCAGAAAUCACAAGUUCAACUACAGUCAAUUGAAGUUGUGUAUUGUGUCAUUAAAUAAAUAAAUUUUGGCACAUUUUUAAGUCCACCUAGGAAACGGAACUUGCGAUGGUUGAUGUCCAGGAAGCCAUAUACUUUCAUGUCUUUAGUAUCAUGGAAACUGUGAAUAAGCACAUAUCUCAUGCACAUUAAUUGCUUUGAGAAAUAUUUAACUGUUUUAACUGUGUUAACAAACCAUUUGUUGCUUUUUUUUUGCUUGUUGAGUCACGUUAUAAUAAUUAACAAUAUUUGUGUAUAUAUAACUGAUUGGGAUACACUGCAAGAAUUAGAAUAAGAUUACAAUAAAUCGUACAGAGAACAAUAAUAA